AUGAGUGUCCAACCGAUUAUGUGGAUACCUCGAAGAAUGAUUCGAGGUUCUAUCCCCUUUGUUACCUGUUCAAAGCUUUGUUUAGGUCUAUCGAGAAGGCCCUUCCAUGGAAGUUCAUUGGCUCGUUCUACAUACGAGGAAGAAAAGGUUUUGGUGGACGAAAUAAAACAACAACUAACACCUGCUGAUAUUGAACGAUGUAAUAAACUGCGCAACAUCGGUAUAUCAGCUCAUAUCGAUUCUGGUAAAACCACGUUUACUGAACGUGUGUUAUAUUAUACUAAAAGAAUCAAAGCCAUUCACGAGGUUCGUGGUAGAGAUAAUGUUGGAGCUAAGAUGGAUUCCAUGGACCUUGAGAGAGAAAAAGGUAUUACUAUUCAGUCUGCCGCCACUUACUGCUCCUGGGAUAAAGAGGGUAAAAAUUAUCAUUAUAACUUGAUCGAUACUCCCGGCCAUAUUGAUUUUACUAUCGAAGUGGAGCGUGCCCUUAGAGUAUUGGAUGGUGCUGUUCUGGUUGUUUGUGCUGUUUCAGGUGUUCAGUCCCAGACUGUGACUGUGGAUCGUCAAAUGCGUAGAUACAAUGUUCCUAGAGUGACUUUUAUUAAUAAAAUGGAUCGUAUGGGUUCAGAUCCUUUCCGUGCCAUUGAACAACUUAAUUCGAAGCUAAAAAUUCCCGCCGCUGCUGUACAGAUUCCUAUCGGAUCGGAAUCGAGUUUGUGUGGUGUCGUGGAUUUGAUCAACAAAGUUGCUCUUUACAACAAGGGUGAUAAUGGUGAGAUCAUAGAAAAGGGACCUGUUCCUGAAGAGUUAAAACCAUUGAUGGAGGAGAAGAGGCAACUUUUGGUUGAAACUUUAGCUGAUGUAGAUGAUGAAAUGGCAGAAAUGUUUUUGGAAGAGAAGCAGCCUACUCCGCAACAAAUUAAGGAUGCUAUUCGUAGGGCCACGAUUGCCAGGUCAUUUACACCGGUUUUGAUGGGAUCUGCGUUGGCAAAUACUGGUAUUCAGCCAGUUUUGGACGCUAUUGUAGACUAUUUACCCAAUCCAUCUGAAGUAUUGAACACAGCACUAGAUGUAAGUAACGACGAAGCCAAGGUUAACUUGGUUCCUGCGGUGCAGCAGCCAUUUGUUGGCUUGGCAUUCAAAUUGGAAGAAGGCAAGUAUGGUCAACUGACUUAUGUUCGCGUUUAUCAGGGGCGUUUAAGAAAGGGUAGUUACAUUUCUAAUGUAAAGACUGGUAAGAAAGUGAAAGUAGCAAGAUUGGUGAAAAUGCAUUCCAAUGAGAUGGAAGAUGUAGAUGAAGUUGGUUCGGGUGAAAUCUGUGCUACUUUUGGUAUUGAUUGUGCUUCUGGUGACACAUUCACGGAUGGUAGUGUUCAAUACUCUAUGUCAUCCAUGUAUGUUCCAGAUGCCGUUGUCUCUUUGUCGAUUACGCCAAAUUCAAAGGACGCAUCAAAUUUCUCAAAGGCUUUGAACAGAUUCCAAAAGGAAGACCCUACAUUCAGAGUAAAGUUCGAUCCUGAAUCUAAAGAAACAAUCAUUUCUGGGAUGGGUGAAUUACAUUUGGAAAUUUACGUCGAAAGAAUGAGACGUGAGUAUAACGUAGACUGUAUCACAGGUAAGCCACAAGUUUCCUAUAGAGAAUCCAUCACAAUACCGGCAGAUUUUGAUUAUACACACAAGAAACAGUCCGGUGGUGCUGGUCAAUACGGUAGAGUGAUCGGUACCUUAUCCCCUGUGGGAGAUAUUACUAAGGGCAACAUAUUUGAAACUGCUAUUGUUGGUGGACGUAUACCAGACAAGUAUUUAGCUGCAUGUGGUAAGGGUUUCGAAGAGGUAUGUGAAAAGGGACCUUUGAUUGGUCAUCGUGUUUUGAACGUUAAGAUGCUAAUCAACGAUGGUGCUAUCCAUGCAGUUGAUUCAAAUGAAUUAUCGUUCAAAACAGCUACAAUGGCUGCGUUCCGUGACGCUUUCUUGAGAGCGCAGCCAGUGAUCAUGGAGCCCAUCAUGAAUGUUUCAGUGACAUCACCAAAUGAGUUUCAAGGUAACAUUAUUGGAUUAUUGAAUAAAUUACAAGCUGUAAUACAGGAUACCGAAAAUGGACAUGACGAAUUCACACUAAAAGCGGAAUGUGCUUUGAGCACGAUGUUUGGUUUCGCUACCUCUCUGAGAGCCUCCACUCAAGGUAAAGGUGAAUUCUCGUUAGAGUUUAGCCACUACGCUCCAACAGCACCUCAUGUUCAAAAGGGAUUGGUAUCUGAGUUUCAAAAGAAACAAGCCAAAAAAUAA